AUGAGGUUUAUUGGUGGCCUGCUGGCGAGGCGAAUUCCUGCAACUGCGGUGGAGAACCCUGGCGUGAAGAAAGUGACGCAGAUGCAGGCAGUGACGGUGAAAGCAAAGGAUGGACAAUCGAUCGGGGCCACUACCAGCAUUAAAGAGUGGACGAACCAAGGAGCAAUGACGGAGGCAUGCGAGAUGCGCGCGGACAUGACUUACGCCGCAGUAGUUGAGCGAGGCGCAUUGGUAUCUGCCAGCUGGGUUUGCAGGAUGGAGAUGUCGGGCAACGCCCCCAUUGCAAUCGAUUCUGAGAUUGAGGCUCCAGUAGGGAUGCCACCGCGUCGCCUUCAGUUCGACCCUACCUGUCGCCGCAACCCGAGCUACGUAACGAAGAUCAGUCAAUGGGUGCGCGAGUGGCGGGGCGAACGCAUGGACGGGGCGCUCAGCCACGCGCAGCGCGAACCGGCUGAUCCGCAGGGCGAAGGGGCAAUCGAGGAGAAGCGCGACUCUCACCUUGACCCCCUUAAACUUUGCCGCGGCAGUUUCCGCGACGCGUUAACGUUAUUGGAGAUGGAGCGUGCUGGCAUGCUCGUGACCUGGCCUUGCAUGCCGGGAACAGUUAGUCCGACGACCAUCGGCAUGAAGUGCCUUUGCAGCGGCGCCACCGCUUACAAUGACCACGGGGACAUCACGACAGGAACGCGGGUCCACGAGUUCCCCGCCUCGCUGGCGGCGUGGAGCGCCGGCAGGCUGGAGGAGACCGCGCGCCAUCUCGCAGGCUGCACGCUUGAGCUGCCGCCCGAGGACGACCCGCUGGCCCUGCGCCCCCUGCCGCCGCCCACCUCCGCCAGCUCUGCAGGCGGAUGCGGGGGCCCUGGCGGCGCCGGAGGCUGCCGCCGGGUGGCGGUGCUCGGGCGCGGGCAGACGGCGUUUGCGGACAAGAUGAGGAACGCGGCCGCCGGAGGCGUCGUGGGCGCCGUCAUCUGCGACAGCCACGACGGGCACCUUUUCCGCAUGGUGAGCACGCCGUCGGAGGAGGGCGCCGCGCAGGGCCCGGCGGCCCCCGCGCCCGCGGAGGAGGAGGACGCCAGCGCGCUGGCGGAGCUGCCGCCGGCGCUUCUGGUCUCCAGGGGCUCCGGAGAGCGGCUCCGCGACGUGCUUCGGAGGGCGCGGUCUACAAAGGCGCCGCCGCCGCGCAUCCGGCGGCUGCGGCCCCGCGAGGCGCCCGGCGUGCUGCUGUGCAUCGGCGGCGUGGCGCUGGCCGGGCAGCGCGCGGGCAGCGCGGAGGUGUGGCUCUCCCUGGACCGAGGCGGCAGCCAGGCCGGGCGCGUGCUGCUCGUGCUGCCCGGCGGCCCUGCCGUGGUCUUGGCCUCGAGCCUCUACGACCUGCUCAGCGACAUUUUCUUCCUGGACAGGCGGAACGCGCUGUGGCUGGAGUCGCGCUCACCCCAGGUCUUGGGCCUGCUGCGGGGCGACGGCUCCGGCGUCCAGGACCCCGGGCGAGCCGGCGAGGCCGACGGGGCUGCCCGCGCCGGCGGCGGGCGCGGGGCCGACGCGGCCGCCAGCGCGGCGGCACGCCGCGGCGGCGAGGGCGGCCAGGCGCAGGAUCUCCGGAUGGGCCCGGAAGGGCCCUGCCGGUGCAUCUCGCGAGGCUUCCGCGGCCACGGCCACACGCAGCUUGGAGAAAGCUGGGCAGAGGGCCGCGCCCACCCCGAGUCGCUGCUGGACGCUUCGGAGGCUGCCGCGGCCCCGGCCACACGCGACUCGGGCGAUUACGCCCCUGGAGCCAAUUGCCAGUACAUCGCGAAUGACAUCCCUGCGCUGGACGAGACCCGCUUGAUUGACCUGGCGAUCGUCAGGCUCACCCUCGAUACGAAGCAAUCGCAGCUCACCAGGGACGCCCUGCAGCAGCUGCCCCUCGGCGGGUGCAUUUCUCACCAUCGAACGCACAUCCCGGAUCGCCAGGAGCCGCCACGGCCGCCCCCCGCCCACCUCGACGCGGUCGCCUUUGCCGCCGCGCUCAUGGCCGUGGCCAGCUCCGCCCAGGCAAGUCACGACUGCUCUGGAGAUUGGGACGCCGAGCGGCGUCACUGCGUGGUGCACGUGCCAGCAGCGCGGCGGCUCUCCAGGGAGCUCCUGUGCGUCGAGACGACGCAGGGCAGGGCCGCCGCAUGUGGAAAGGAGUGGGAGGGGGGGGCCUGCCGGGGGCCCCGCUAG